AUGGUUUUCCAUCUGUUUCAAACUCUGUUUGAAAAUCUGAUGGAAGCUAUAGACCUGAGCUCUCCGGGGCAGCCACAUGGAAGCGAGGGGCCUGUGAUGAGGGGUGUCCAGACCCCUCUGCAGCUCCCCGGAGUCUGCUCAGGAUCAUGGCUCCUCGUAGGCUGGCAGAUUCACACUGGUUCCAUCCCCCUGGGACGGUCGCUGCCACCCAGCCGGAAAGUCAGCAUCUUGGCAAGGGCUGGGCCUGGAGUGGAGCUGGAAGGGCUGGCAUGGAGAGCCUGUCACCUGGGGGACUACCUGGCCACCCUCACCAGGCCUGAGCUGGAUCCAGGCAGGCAGCUCCAGUCUGGUGCUCCUGGAAGAGGCUUGGCCUGGGGCAGGGCAGUCACCGAGGAGCCCUGGUGGAAGGGGGAGGCCUCUGCCUGCUGGCAGCUCACCGUGAGGGUCCUGGAGGCGCGGAACCUACGCCGGGCCGACCUGCUGAGCGAGGCUGACCCUUACGUGACCCUACAGCUGUCCACCGCGCCUGGAAUGAAGUUUAAGACCAAGACGCUCACAGACUCCAGCCAUCCUGUGUGGAAUGAGGCCUUCAGCUUCCUUAUCCAAAAUCAGGUCAAGAAUGUUCUGGAGCUUAUCAUCUAUGAUGAAGACUCAGUCACGGAGGAUGACAUCUGCUUCAAGGUUUGCUAUGACAUCUCAGAAGUCCUCCCUGGCAAGCUGCUCCGGAAAACCUUCUCCCAGAGUUCCCAGGGAGAGGAGGAGCUGGACGUGGAGUUCCUGAUGGAAGAAACGUCGAAUCGCCCAGAAAACCUCAUCACCAACAAAGUCCUUGUGGCCCGAGAGCUGUGCUGCCUGGAUGUGCACCUGGACAGCACAGGGAGCACCGCUGUGGUUGCAGAUCAGGACAAACUGGAGCUGGAGCUGGUGCUGAAGGGGUCCUAUGAGGACACCCAGACAUCCUCCCUGGGCACAGCCUCUGCCUUCCGCUUCCACUACAUGGCAGCCCUAGAGACAGAGCUGAGCGGGCACCUGAGGAGCUCCACAAGCAAUGGCUGGAAUGGAGACAACUCAACUGAACACCUCACUGUGCCCCUGAGGCCCUUGACCAUUGGGAAGGAGGUGACCACGGAUGUUCCUGCUCCACAUGCCCCAGGAGUGAGGCUGCAGCUCAAGGCAGAGAGCUGCCCCAAGGAGCUAGCCAUGCACCUGAGCUUCAAUCUGUGUGCAGAGGAGCAGGCCUUCCUGAGCAGGAGGAAACAGGUGGUGGCCAAAGCCCUGAAGCAGGCCCUGCAGCUGGACGGAGACCUGCAGGAGGAUGAGGUACCCGUUGUGGGCAUCAUGGCCACAGGAGGAGGUGCCCGGGCCAUGACCUCACUCUAUGGCCACCUGUUGGCCCUGCAGAAGCUGGGCCUCCUGGACUGUGUGACCUACUUCAGCGGCGUCUCUGGCUCUACGUGGACAAUGGCCCACCUGUACGGGGACCCUGAGUGGUCACAGAGGGACCUGGAGGGACCUAUCAGACAUGCCCGGGAGCACCUGACCAAGAGCAAGCUGGAGGUCUUUUCCCCAGAGCGCCUGGUGAGCUACCGCAGGGAGCUGGAGCUGAAGGCUGAGCAGGGUCACCCCACCACCUUUGUGGACCUGUGGGCGCUGGUGCUGGAGUCCAUGCUGCAUGGCCAGGUGAUUGAUCAGAAGCUGUCAGGACAGAGAGCUGCCCUAGAACGGGGUCAGAACCCUCUACCCCUCUACUUGAGCCUCAAUGUCAAAGAGAACAAUCUGGAGACACUGGACUUCAAGGAGUGGGUUGAGUUCUCCCCCUAUGAGGUCGGGUUCCUGAAGUACGGAGCCUUCGUCCCUCCUGAGCUCUUCGGCUCCGAGUUCUUCAUGGGACGGCUGAUGAGGAGGACCCCUGAGCCCCGGAUCUGCUUUCUGGAAGCCAUCUGGAGCAACAUUUUCUCCCUGAACCUGCUGGACGCCUGGUAUGACCUCACCAGCUCUGGGGAGGCCUGGACACGGCACAUCAAGGACAAGACCAGGAGCUUAGAGAAGGAGCCCCCCACCUCCUCAGGGACCUCCUCGUGGCUGGGGGCCUCAUGGCUGCAGCCAGGAACGGCACUGGCCAGGGCGUUUAAAGGCUUCCUGACGGGCAGGCCCCUCCACCAGCGCAGCUCCAACUUCCUACAGGGCCUCCAGCUGCACCAGAACUACUGCAACCAAAGGGACUUCUCCACCUGGGCAGACUGCCAGCUUGACUCCACACCCAGCCAGCUGACCCCCCAGGAGCCUCAGCUCUGCCUGGUGGACGCUUGCUAUUUUAUCAACACCAGCUGCCCCUCCAUGUUCCGGCCGGGCCGCAGGCUAGACCUCAUCCUCUCCUUCGACUACUCCCUAUCUGCGCCCUUUGAGGCACUGCAGCAGACGGAGCUGUACUGCCGGGCCCGGGGACUGCCCUUCCCCCAGGUGGAACCCAGCCCUCAGGACCAACACCAGCCAAGGGAGUGCCACCUGUUCUCAGACCCUGCCUGCCCAGAGGCCCCCAUCCUGCUGCACUUCCCACUGGUCAAUGCCUCCUUCAAGGACCACUCAGCCCCUGGUGUCCAGCGCAGUCCCACUGAGCUCCAGGCUGGCCAAGUAGAUCUCACCGGGGCCACCUCCCCCUACGCCCUGUUCAACAUGACCUACAAGGAGGAAGACUUCGAGCGCCUCCUGCAGCUCAGCCACUACAAUGUGCGGACCAGCCACGGUGCCAUCCUGCAGGCCCUGAGGACUGCGCUGAAGCACCGGGCCCGAGAGGCAAAGCCUUCAGGGGCACAGACCUGAGGCUGCUCAGAGGCCCCAGGACCCUCAGGGCCACACUCUAACCCUCCAGGGUCUGCAGGCUGAGAUCUGCAGCUGGCCUCAGCCACAGCCCUUCCUGGCUGGAGCUGUGGGCUCUCCCAGGCCUGGGUGGCCUCUGCAGCUGGUCUCACUGCCCAGAGGGAACUGCACCCCACGCAGAGUUCUUCCUCACGUUCAUGGCUGGCUUAGAAGGAGCCGAAAAUAACUUCGCCAGGCCAGUGUGUAGAACAACGGGUAUACCCAGACUGACUUUCACACCACUAUUACUUCCAUGCCUGAACAGAAUAGAUUUGAGGUGCAAGCUGGAGAUAGCAGAUCAGGAGUAGGGACAGGGAGGACAGGGGAUGCCUGACCUGACAGGUGGCUUCAGGCCUCAGGAAUCACAGGACAUCCUGAACACAUUGCCUCCUCAUCCUCCUUCUCCUACUUCUCCUCCUCCUCCUCCUCUCCUUUUCCUUCUCUUUCUCCUCCUGCUUUCAGUAUGCAAGUCUUGUACUUAUUUAAAUUUAUUCCUAAAUAUUUUAUUCUUUUUGAUAAGUAGAGUUAUUUUAAUUUUAUUUUAGAUUAUGUAUUGCUAUUUUAUAGAAAUACAAUAGAUUUUUAAAUAUUGAUUUUGUAUUCUGAAAUCUUGCUGAAGUUGUUCACUGGCUCUAAUACUUUUGUGGAUUUUUUAGAAUUUUCUAUAGAUGGAUCAUGCCAUCUUUAAAUAGGGAUGGUUUUAAUUCUUCCAUUCUGAUCUGAAUACCUUUUAUUUAUUUUUCUUUCCCAGUUGCCCUGACUAGAACCUCCAGUGCAAUGGUGAAUACUUGUUUCAAGAGCAGAUAUUUUGUCUUAUUCCUGGCACUGAGAGGAAAGUGUAUGUCUCUCACCAUUUAGUGUGAUUCUAACUGUGGGUUUUUCUCAGACAUCCUUUAUCUGGCGAGAAAGUUCUCUUCCAUUUCUAGUUUAUUGAGUGUUUUUAUGAAAGGGUGUUAGGUUUUGUCAAGUGAUUUUUCUGUGUCUAUUAUUGUGUGGUUUUGUCCUCUAUUUUAUUAACGUACUAUAUUGCAUUCAUUGGUUUUUGGAUAUUAAACCAACUUUGCAUUCCUGGGGCAGAUUCCAUUUCAUUAUGGUAUAUAAACCUUUUUGUGUAUUGCUGGCACAUUUUCUUUUCUUUUUUUUUUUUUUUGAGACAGGAUCUCAUCACACUCUGUCACCCGGACUGAGUGCAAUGGUGCAAUCGUGGCUCAUUGCAUCCUCAACUUCCUGGGCUCAAGUGAUCCUUCUACUUCAUUCUACUUCAGCCUCCCAAGUAGCUGGGAUACAAGGCAUGCAACACCAUUCUUGGCUAAAUUAAAAAGAAAAAAUUGUACAGAUGAGGUCUCACUCUGUUGCCCAGGCUAGUCUUGAGCUCCUGAACUCAAGCAAUCCUCAUGCCUCAGCCUCUCAAAAUGUUGGGAUUUCAGGCGUGAGCCAGCAUGGUCAGCUGCUGGCAUAUUUCUUACCUCCCUCAUGCAAGGGUACACACACAGACACACACACACCUGGCCCCAGAUGGAGGUCACAGUGGGAGCUUCGGGACAGACCUUGGCUCAGGGACUGCCCUCACCUGAUGUCCUCUCUCAGCUUCUUUCCCUGUGCCUCUUCUGCAUUUGGCUUUAUUUUAAGUCUUCACUUUUUUCCAUUUUAUCACAGUUUUUAAACACACUUUUUAACUGGCUGUUUUUUAACUUUUUUGACUGGCUGUUGUGUUUUAUUUUAU